GAGUGUCGGGCAUGCAGAUCCGCUUUGGCGUGGGGUAUGGUGGCUAUUUACCAAAAGUGUUGACUAGAUAUGGCUCAACUUAUGGAAAUAUAUCGCAUGAAGUGAUGAGGCGGCUACCUUCUGUCGCAAAACGUCUAGCACCUUUGGAGCCAGAAGACAAAGACAGCACUAAAGAUAAAGUAACUCUAGACUGCCAUUGCCAGAAAGAAAUCGAGCACCAUGAAGGUGGAAUUAUUUCGAAUCAAGAAAAGAUGUACAUUCCUGAGCAUGUGUGCCCAGGCUAUACAGGUUGUUUGACUCUAAAAAAGAAAGGAGUUCCAUUGAAUAUUUGUUGUGAAGACGUGUUAAGAGCACUGGGUUGCGAACAAGAUCCGUAUGACAUUCCUGAAGAAAAAAUGGAAGACCCAUUUCCUGGUCCACCUCCCCCAAUAGAUUUUUUGCAAGUAAAGAAAAGGAGCAGAAGAGGAGUAUGGGUGAAGCCCGAAUUUGCACAUCAAAGUAAACGUUGAUCAUAUGAGACGCUAAUCUUAU